CUACAGAGGACUGCGCAGCUCUGCUCUCAACAACAUGCCUGCUUUAACUAAACACCAGCAGCUCCGGACACUACAGCGGACGCGCUCCAGGCUCUAAGAGGAGAGACAGGACUUCACAACGCAAAUAUGAUCCACAGAAAACACCCCUGCCUUAGCAAGAGAGGAGGCAUAUGGGGCCUCUGCAUCCUCCUGCUCUACACCAGCCCUCUGUCCUGUUUGGGAAAUUUCAGCAAAGCAAAAGAGCUUGUCUAUAAGAUAAAGGAGGGAUUACCACGUGGGACAUUUAUAGGGGCCAUUGGAGUCGACUUAAACUUGGAUUUUAACGCAGAGCCCCCCUUUUUAUUCAAUCUGGCUCAAAAGAAGGUCAACGAGCAGUAUGUGACCCUUAAUAAUACCACUGGGGAGCUUUACACAUCUGCCACGGAGAUAGACAGGGAGAGCCUCUGUCCAGACAACUCAGAGGUUAAGGCCUGCAUCUUGUCUCUGGAUGUUUUGGUGUUACCGCAACAGUAUUUUCAGCUCAUCAAAGUCAAGAUUGUUAUUGAGGAUGUGAACGACAACAGGCCAAAGUUCCCUGUGGAUGAAAUUAUUUUAACUGUCCCGGAAAACUCACCCAUCAAUGCUCGUUACGCGGUCGAGCAGUCGGCGGUUGACCCAGACUUGGGGCUCCACGGGGUCCAGACGUAUUGGCUAGUUAAUGACUUCGGGGUCUUCACUCUGGAUGUUGAAGAAAAUGAUGGGGGAGAGUUGACGCCAUUCCUCAUUGUUACCGAAACUUUGGAUAGAGAAACCCAAGCAGAGUAUGUAACAGAUAUUAUAGCGGAGGAUGGCGGGGCACCUCCACUUCUUGGGGCUGCUACGUUAAAAAUACAGAUUUCAGACGUGAAUGACAACUGCCCGAAAUUCACAGAGUCUCACUUGAAUGUUACUGUCCAUGGAAAUACAAGUAAAGGAGCUCCACUAGCGCGACUCCACGCUUAUGACCCUGACCUGGGCGCUAAUGCUCAGAUCAGCUACGCCUACAGUGAGAGAGUGCCAAGGGAGACUAGAAGCUUGUUUCAUUUGGAUAGAAACACUGGUGUCAUUAAGCUAGCAGGCAAAAUAGAGUCUGGCACUGCCCCACACUACAAACUGACUGUAUUAGCCAAUGGGCCUGGUUGCAUCCCAGCUGUUGCAACUGUUACUCUCAACAUAAUCAAAAUGCUCAGCGGACCACCCGUCGUCACACCAAGAUACAUCGCGCUCGAGAAAGACGGAGUUGUUUAUUUGAAGGAAUCAGAACCCCCGUUUUCUCCUAUCGCUUUUUAUACGGUGAAAAAUGUAGGCUCGAAUCAAAAAGUGGACUGCCAUCUGGAGGGGAGUGGCCCAUUUAGGCUAAGCCCCUACCAGCUGAUUAAAAAUGAAUACUUACUGGAAACCACAGAAGCACUGGACUAUGAAACAACACAAGAGUUUGACCUAAUCAUUGUCGCUAAUAAUUCACAAGGGUUGGUCAUUAAGGCCUUUUUAAAAAUUCAAGUGCUGGAUGAGAAUGACAACGCCCCGGUAUUUCAACAGUCUAUAGUCGAGCUAACCAUUGAUGAAAACAACCCUCCCAAUACGUUCUUAACGCAAUUCCAGGCUACAGAUCAGGAUAGCGAUAGCAGUGGAGAAGUUAUCUAUCUCUUGGGAGGGGAUGCACCAGGGAUAUUCGAACUAGAUCGGGUUACUGGCGUCCUUAUAGUCACCACAUCACUGGACCGCGAAGAGAAGGAGACGUAUCGUUUCAUCGUGAGGGCACUGGACCAGGGGACGCCCAGGAGGGAGUCCAUUGCGACCGUUGUCCUGACCGUGCAAGAUCGCAACGACAACAGCCCGCGCUUCAUCAACAAAGACUUCACAUUCUUCGUGCCGGAGAAUUUCCCUGGAUACGGCGAGAUUGGAGUACUUUCGGUUAGAGAUGCAGACGCGGGGGAGAACGGCUGGGUUGCGUUGUCGAUUUUAAACGGUACAGAUAUUUUUAUGAUUGACACGGGACGCGGUAUACUCAGAGCCAAAACCUCGCUUGACAGAGAGCAGCAAGGGACCUAUCAGUUGUGGGUCGAAGCUGUGGAUGGGGGCGAGCCUGCUCUGUCUUCGGUUACAAUGGUGACGGUUUUAUUAUUGGAUGUAAAUGACAAUCCGCCGAUCGUCCUGUUUCCGCAAUCAAACCAGUCUUAUAUGCUAGUCCUACCCAGCACGUUGCCUGGGACAUCUAUUACCGAAGUGUACGCCGUGGAUAAAGAUACAGGCAUGAACGCAGUCAUCGCUUAUAGUAUCAUCAAGCGAAAAGGUGGCGAGCCGGGAUCCUUCGCCAUCGACCCCCAAACUGGAAAUAUCACUCUAAAACGCGAGCUAAGCAACCGGGGUUUAUGCAGUUUGCUGGUUAAAGUUAGUGAUCACGGACAACCCGAACCACUCUACUCAACCGUCAUGGUAAACUUUUUUGUGAAUGAAACUGUGAGCAAUGAGAGCUACAUCCAAAGCUUGCUAACCAGGGAGGCAGACAUAGAAGUCGAGGAAAAACCCUGGUUUAUUGGUCAAAUGAAGGACGGACCUGAAAGAUACGAGCUGUUUCCUUGCCAGCCAGUUCUCAUCGCUCUAUCUGCAACAUGUCUAGGGCUGUUUCUUUUAGUAGUCAUGCUAACAUCGUAUAUUUGCUGUAAAAGGUUUAAAAGACAUCGGAAGAAGAAAAAAUCGGAGACUGAAAUACCACUGAAAAUGACUCAUGGAUCGGUGCAUGUUGUGAACAGAAAAAUCAGGCAAAUCUCAAAUCUUUGA